AGUAAAUGCUGCAGCAUCACUGCAUGUAUGUGUGUGAGAGCGUGUGCUGAGCAGCACGGAGCGAAAGAGAUGGACAAGUGUGUGUAAGCCGAGUGUGUGAAUGCGAAGCACCGGCGAUCCUGAGCCUGGAGGGGUAGCCGUGUGAUGAGAGAGGAGGAAGGGGCGGAGGGUGGGGGCUGUUCUGCCUGCGAACACAUUUGCCAGGACAGCGUUGCAUGCAGGCGAGCGUAUGUAUGUGUGUGUGAGGGGGAAAAGUGAGUGAGGGUAUGCCAGCGUAGGUGUAGCAGUGUCGUCGAUCAGCAGCGGGUUCUUCGCAUUAUGCACCCGACGGUACUGAUCACACUUUGAGGACUGACUCAUCCAGACUAGACUGAGAAGACGAAUGGAUGAACAGACAGGGAGACAUUUUUUAGCUCAAGAAAGGCUCCAGGUCCUCCAAGAUCGUUGAAAGGUCUAGUCCUUUUCGGGGAUUGCUGGUAGCCCCUCUUGUUUCCUUACAAAUUGGAAUUGCAGACACACAGACAUUCAAAAUUUCCAAAACCUCCUGAAAGGAACAUAAAUCCUCAAUCAUUGUCUGACUCAGACACUUCAUAUUUGCUCCAGGGACUAGGACAAGAGGAUCUCCUGUCUUUCCAUAGUCUUGAGGACGGUUGUAGGAUCCUUUCCCAGUGCCGGGAGUGGGAGAUAAGAAGGCUGGCAGACAAGACGGGACAGACACAGGCAUGGCUCGCCUCAACUGGUGCCUGGCUGCUGUCAUUAGCUGGGGCAAGUUCCUCUUUGCCUGUUUCUUUCCUCUGCGAGGAGCCAAGCGAAACAAGCCCGACGAGUUGGAGGGCGUCCACACACACACCUUCAAGCUGAAGCCGUUCAAGAAGGCAAAGAGUUGUGAUAUUUGCAAGCAGGCUAUCACCAAGGAGGGUCUCAUCUGUAAAGCAUGCCGCCUGUCCUGCCAUAAGAAAUGUGAAGUGAAGGUCACUACAUCAUGUCAGACAGCGACCAGCUGUGAGCCGCCUCCCACUCCACAGCUGCCGCUAAAGCAUGUAGAUACUCCGGGAUCUACGAGGUCCUGCAAAAGUGUGGAGAUUCGGAGAAAGCAGUCAGGUGUGCUUCAGGCCAUGGAGGAGAGCUAUGAGGUGGACCUGGUCUACAUCACUGAGAGGAUCAUCUCCCUCUCCUUCCCCGCCGCGGCCGACGAGCGCAGCUACACCAACAACCUCAAAGAGGUGGCCACCAUGCUGCGGUCCAAGCACGGCGAACACUACCUGGUGCUCAACCUGAGCGAGCAGCGGAACGACUUAACCAAGUUAAACCACAAGGUACUGGAGUUCGGCUGGCCAGAUCAUCAUGCUCCGGCGCUGGACAAGAUCUGCAGCAUGUGCAAAGCCAUGGACACGUGGCUGAGCGGAGACCAACGCAACGUCGUGCUGCUGCACAACAAGGGAAAUCGAGGUCGAACAGGUGUAGUGGUGGCUGCGUAUAUGCACUACAGCAACAUAUCUGCAAGUGCUGACCAGGCGCUCGACCGGUUCGCCAUGAGGCGAUUCUAUGAGGACAAAGCUCUUCCUGUUGGUCAGCCGUCACAGAGAAGGUAUGUGCAGUACUUCAACGGCCUCCUGUCUGGACACAUCAAGAUCAACAACAAGCCGCUCUUCCUGCAUCAUGUCAUCAUGCACGGCAUACCCAACUUUGAAUCCAAAGGCGGAUGCCGGCCGUUCCUGAAGAUCUACCAGGCGAUGCAGCCAGUCUACACAUCCGGAAUCUACAAUGUACAGGGAGACAGCAACACCAGUAUCUGCAUCACCAUAGAACCUGGGCUGCUUCUGAAAGGAGACAUCCUUCUGAAAUGUUACCAUAAGAGGUACAGGAACCCAACCAGAGACGUGGUGUUCAGGGUCCAGUUCCACACCUGUGCCAUCCACGACCUUGGGGUCGUUUUUGGGAAGGCCGAGCUUGAUGAGACCUUCAAAGAUGAAAGGUUCCCAGAGUAUGGGAAGGUGGAGUUUGUUUUCUCCUACGGACCAGAAAAAAUCAGAGGUCUGGACCACUUGGAGAAUGGGCCAAGUGUUUCUGUGGACUACAACACCCAGGACCCCCUGAUCCGCUGGGACUCAUACGAGAGCUUCAGCCAUCCCAGUGAGGACGCAGCGGACACAGGGAACGACGUUGGUCAUACUCAAGGUCCACUUGAUGGAAGCCUUUAUGCCCGGGUCCGAAAGAAAGACUCCCUGGAGGGAGUUGUUACCAUUAAUGGCCUUCCAGUCCGUGAAAACCCCUUGACAAAUACAGAGGGCUCAUUGCAGCAAUCUAACCAUCACCUCCAAAAGACUGAGCAGUCCCUUCCAGUGGCUGGCCACACCUCCCUUCCUGCCGUAGAUCAUACCCUUUCUGUUAGCAGUGACUCAGGCAACUCUACUGCAUCAAUCAAGACUGAUCGCACUGACGAGCACAGCCAUUCUCUGCACACAGCUGCAGGUCACAGCAACUCAACAACAGCCCACCCAACACUUAGCCCCCAGGAGAAACGAGAACUAGACCAGCUUCUUAGUGGCCUUGAGCCACAAACUCAGCGCCAGGCUUAUUUGUCCACAUCUACCAGUCCAGGGGGAGGGGUUCGACACCUGGUUCCAGCGCAGGUACAUGUCAACGGGGGCCAUACCAGGAUUCUUAGGGCACCCUCAACAGAGGAGCGUGAAACUGAUAUCCUUGACGACGAGCUUCCUAAUAGUCAAGAGGGCAACAGCGUUGAUAGCUUGGGUACACUCUCAUCUUUAGAGGGUCAGGCAACACCAGCGAGCCUUUACUACCAAUCACAGACACCUGUUGGUGGCCAGAACGACGGGCCAUACCUUGAGAGAAACGUUCUUGGGGAAAAGCUGGACGAAAUGCCUGUGCAUGGAGUGCGAACCCCUACAACAAUGCAGGAGAGGUCUGUAGAUUCACCAUCACCGCAGGUGGGGUACAACAACUACCAAAAUGGAGGAGGAAUGUACCGUUCACAGUCCUUUGGUAAUCAGCCACCCAGUAGCCCUGAGACCAACCCUAAAAUGAUGCMCAAAGCCCCUGAGAGGAGUACCAGUAGUCGAGAGGCAGUUCAAAGAGGUCUUAACCACUGGCACCAGCAUAGUCUUCCAGACGAUCCCUUUGGGCCUCCUCCUCAGUCAACCCACAGCCUCCCUCAUUUCCCAACCUCUGCCUCACAGCGAGACAUUGAACAGUCCAUAGAAGCACUAAACAUGCUAAUGCUUGAUCUAGAUCCAAUCAACUCACACAUGUGUAAGUCCCACAGUGCACCACCUGGAGAUAACACCCUCAGUUCAUCCCAGAUACCAUUCUCCCAGACCCUGGCUAGGCCAUCCUACCAAGGGGACUCUGCCAUCCAUGGCUACAACAACCCAGGGUCAAUGAACAGCACCUGUCAUCAACGGCAACCUGGGAGGGUCCCAGCAGUGCCAAACCAGAGUCCCGUCACGGAGUCUCCAACGUACUCAUCCCAAAGGUCCAACACUGGUUACCCAUACCAGAACACCACCCCCACACACACUCCUGAGCCUUACCUCCAUACACGCCAAGCAACCCAUCACUAUCCCAUUGAUACUUCUGCUAAUGUCAACCAGCAGUCUCUCCAGAAACUAAUGAACUCAACAAGCAGAGUUUCACACUCCCCAGACCUACAGGGGCCAUCUCCUUACCCAGGAUACAGCACCUCUUCUUCUCCUCUUCCGGCACUCACACCACAACCCAAGGAAAUGUCUUCUUCUCCCUUGCCAAGAGAGCAAGAUGCAGAGGAGGAGACUCUGAACUUGGAAGGCCUGGUUGCUCACCGUAUCGCUGGAGUUCGUUCCAGGGGAAUGACCCCGGAGGUGACGCAGGAGACAGGCAGGCGCCGGACCACGAGCGAGGGACACUACCAGUGCGGUCAUGAUAACGUCUCUGCAUCUCAUUCGCCGGACUUUGCCAACAAUCUGGCUCUGAAUCCAGGUGGAAGACCCAGAGAGGGUCUUAUGCACAGUUACCGGGAAGCAUUUGAGGAUGAGGAGACUUGUUGCCAUGGCAAUAGUUCCUCUUUUGAAAGCAGUGCUCGAUCUACUCCAGGUUUGACAAAGACACCUCUGUCAGCUCUGGGACUAAAACCUCAUCAACCAGGUGGAUCAGACUCUGAUUGUAAUAAUGCACCGCAAGAUAAUCGCAGCGCUGGGGACUCGAGACCACAACCAUUUACAGCUCCUCUGCCCGUCAGCAGUCCUGUCCACGCCGCUGACGGAAGGAGGACUGGUUCUUCAGACAGUGCCCCCCACAGUCCCGCCUCCCCUUACACCAACAGACCCGCAUCCCCUGAGGGCUCCCAGGUCAACAUCAUGGGUGUCCACACAGUCCCCGGCAGUCCGAACACCCUCCACCGCACAGUGGCCACCAACACGCCCCCCAGCCCCGCCCUUCAAAGACGCCUAGGUCAAGCAAGCCCCUCCCUGACUAGACACCAGCCCCCAUCCAGCCCUCUGAUAGGUCGAAAUCCUAAAACUGCAACCGCAACCAUCCCCCCCAGUCCACUAAUGGGGCGGCGCGCGGGGUCGAGCGGCUGCAGCACACCCGACGAGCUGGGGGCUGCCUCUCGUCAGGGGAGCGCCCAGCCGCCUCCCACCCCCGCCUUCCCCGUCUCCCCACAGCUUCCAGAGAAGAGACACAUGUCCAGCGGAGAUGCAGAGAGGACAGACAACAGGAACCUGACGCCAGCCAGCGGUGGCAGCACGCCAAACCUUUCCAGCACACAUACCCUCCCAGACGUCUCCAAGUCCAUCUAUGAUGGUUAUCCAGACAUUCAGAUGAAUGUUAAGUUUGUCCAGGACACUUCUAGGUUCUGGUACAAGCCAGAUAUCUCCAGAGAACAAGCCAUUAGUCUGUUAAAGGACAGGGAGCCAGGGGCGUUCAUCAUACGGGACAGCCACUCUUUCCGUGGAGCCUACGGUCUGGCCAUGAAGGUGGCCUGUCCUCCACCAACUGUCCAGCAAAACAAAAAAGUUGCCGACAUGACCAAUGAGCUGGUGAGGCACUUCCUGAUUGAGACCAGCCCCAAAGGCGUUCGCCUGAAAGGUUGCCCCAAUGAACCCUAUUUUGGAUGUCUCUCUGCUCUGGUGUACCAACAUGCAAUGACUCCUCUGGCUCUGCCCUGCAAGCUGAUGAUCCCCACCAAAGAUCCAAAUGAAGAGGCGCUGGAACUUGCUACACCUACUGAUCCAGUUGCUGAGCUUCUCAAACAGGGAGCAGUUCAGAAGGUUCCUGAGGAAGCCUAUGCAUGUAACGUUCUCUUCAUCAACUCCGUGGACAUGGAGUCACUCACGGGGCCUCAGGCCAUUGCCAAGACCAUUAGUCAGACACUGACAACCAAUCCACUCCCAGCGGCCACCACUGUCCACUUCAAGGUGUCCAUGCAGGGCAUCACCCUCACUGACAGCCAGAGAAAAAUUUUCUUCCGGCGACAUUAUCCCCUUAACACAGUUACGUACUGUGAUUUGGACCCCCAAGACAGAAAAUGGGUAAAAGACGAAGGUGGAUCAGUAAAGCUUUUUGGGUUCGUUGCAAGGAAACAAGGAAGCACAACGGACAAUGUCAGCCACCUGUUUGCUGAGCUGGACCCAGAUCAGCCCGCCUCGGCCAUCGUCAGCUUUGUCUCCAAGAUGAUGAAGCGGUGAAACCCUGAAACUUCAAAUGGCAGUUACCAGGUUGCAAUCUUCCAUCAUCGUUGGCGUCUUUUUUAAAAGGACACAACGUUGUCCUUCUUUCUUUUGUUUGUUUUCUUUGUUCUUGCCUUCUUUUUUUUCCUCUCUGCCUUCCUGGUGUGUCUUUCUUGAGAGCCGUCUCCACCCGGAGGCAUUGGCAUUGGCACAGAGCGGAGCUAGCGGACGUGUGGAGUGGAGCUGAGCACGUGACAGGAACGCAACAUUGCAAAGUUGAGUGACGGGAACAUGUAAGAACUUGUGGAUUUUUUUUCUCGUUCAUUUUAUUGAUUUACCAAAGGUAGUUGCAAUACAAGUGCAAGAAUGAUGUAGCUAGUAAGCCAUUAAUAGUUUUCUCUUUUUAAAAGAUGAAGUGAAACAAAAGAAAAAAAAACAAGAUGAAAGAAAUGUGGUUUCUCUUGAACUUUGAUUCUUCAGGAAAAAAAAGGUGGAAAAAAAAUCUUUCUGAAGACGUUAUGCAUGUUAGCUUGAUCUUUAAGCUUGGUUCUUCUACUUUCCACAAAAAGUAAAUGUGAACUACUUAGAGGUCAUUUUAUGGGUCUGCUGUGUGUUGGAAAGGGCUUUGCAGUGAAACAACUGAUCUAAACUGUGCAUAGCAGACCUCAUCUACUAAAAAAAAACCUUUAGGGUCAUUUUGUGUCGGUGCAAACCAUGCUCGCAUUCUUUCAGCAUCCAAUCCUUUUAAAAAAAAAAAAAGAAUUGCUGAAUAAACUCCAGCCUGAAAUCAUCAAAUCACCUAAAGAUGUGCAGACAGUCUGUCCACAAGAUGGCGCCACUUAUCCUCCCUUAGAGACUUCUUCCAUGAGCACCUGCUUUGCAGUAACUGAUCUGUUUGUAAGACGCUGCCACAGAAACACACUGGAAACCACCGGGAACUGGCCCAAUGACCUGGACCUAUGCACUGUUCUUUAUGCAUGUUAUUGUCCCAAAAUGCACCUCCAUCAUAGCUCCGUUUACCAUCUCUGAGAACAUUAUUUGCCAUGUGUGUACAAUAAAAAAAAAAAGAUAAAGAAUUAUCUACCUUUAGACAAGAGUUAAACUUGUCAAAAACUGCAUGAAAUAGACAUUUUUUAGUCUUUUCAGAGUUCUAAAAAAUUGACAGAUUACUGAAGUAGCUAUUAUGAUGGCAAGUUUAUAUAUUUAUUUUUUAUUUAAUUUUUUUUGUCUUGUUGUCAAAACUCCAGUUAUUUAUUUCCUGUUGUUAUUGGUCCAUUUAAGACCUAAGUUCUGAUUUUUGUCUUUCACACAGUCCUCCCAUGUUUAACUAUUCAGGACCUUUUGAGACAAAGGGAAAGAAACAUUUUUAAAAAUUUAAUACAUUUUUGUCUGCUGAGAACAGAACUACCCUGAACUGUAUGGACCCAGUACGAUUUUGGGUUUCUUUUUUUAAUUCACACUGCAAAAUUUGACAUUUUAGUACCUUAUAGAACAAAACAAACAAAAAAACUAAAUGAAAUUAUUCAUUUUCUUUUCUUUCUUUGUAGUUAUGUCUUUCUGAUGAUCACGGAAUUCGACUUUUGCUCCUUUCGUAAAUAUUAAUGUCAUGUUUGUCAUUUGAAGCAAAAAGGAUGCUGACAAAAAAAGACAAAAAGUUAAGCAAAUAUUCAGAUUUUCUCGAGUUGUUGUUUUUUCCAGGAGAGUUUUGGGUGUUUCAAAAAGUCUUACCCUCAGACUUUUUUGGAUGAAAUAGAAAAACUACACACAGAGUGCAUGUUGAACAUAUGCUUAGACUUUCAUAGUACAGUAUUCAUAUGAUAACAUAAAAAAAAAUUACAAAUCAGUUCAUGUUUUGUUUCCUUUUAGGUAAAGAGGUAAAAACGCACAAAGUGCUUAGUUCACAGGUUUUCUGAAUGAGAUAAAAUGACAUACAAAUUACUUUUCCCCCCCUUGUAUUAAUAAUCGAAAAUGUUUCCUAUUAAGAACCAGAGAGAGUUAGGAUUUAGUUUUCCAUUUAUCGCGUUGUUAUAUUACCAUGUAGGGAAAAAUGUGGGGAAAAAAAGUAUUUCACAUGCUUAUUGAGAAUUUGCUCAACCAUUCACAAAAAAAGUAUGGAAACACUGCUGUUUGUUUCACAGUGUUGCUAAAAAAAGUUGUUUUUUGGUACAUUUUAGGAAAUAAGAAAAAACUGAGUGUUGAACUCAUUUAAAUUUUUCAGAUUUGAGUAAAUAUACUCAAAAGUUGUUUUUUUUUAAUGUUUUUCUGUUGGUGGUUCAUUUUAGCUUCAAUCCCUUCCUAGUGACAACCAGAGUUCAGGUUUCGUAUCUUCAACUCUGGUGUUGUCACGUUAUCCCAUCAGCAAAAAGUGGAACAGGCUUGCUUGUUUUCAGUGCAUCCGCUCUCUAUUUAACGAUAGAGAACGGAUUUUGGCUCUUUUCAUUUGUUUCACUGUGUGAUACUAAGAUUUCCUUUUUGAACAAAAGACAGAAAAAAUACUGAAUACAUGUUUAAUCAUUGUUAAUAACUUAAAAAGUGUCUUCUUUGUUUUCUUUUUGUGUUUUUGAGUCAAAAUAGUUUUUCAUUAGAACUUGUUCUAUUUUUGCUAUGUAACUUUACAGUGUUUUAGUAAUUUAAUUUCAAUACUUUUUAGGACAAAGAGAGAAAAACUUACAUCAUAAAGAAACAAAUGUUAUUUUAUUUUAUUUGGUUUUCACCUAUUUUUUAAACUUUAGAGUAAAAAGGAGGGUUACAAACUAGCUUAAAGCCUGCUCGUUGAGCACACAUCAACUCAGUUGUCAUUGAUUUGAGUCAGAUUUAAUUUUGGUAAGAACCCUAUAGUUCAAAGUGAGUUUUUUCACUUUUAAGUGUUGUCAGAUUUCAUGUCUAGCUACCUUCUGGAAUGACAGAGGAAAAACAACACACUGUGCGCAAUACCUGCUUGCUGACCACAUGCAUUCACAAUAAGCUAAUAAAAAAAAUUGAUACUGGUAUAAAUGUACAUAGAUAUACUUCUUUGAAAGGUGACAUAGCGAAAAAGUAUUUAUUUUUAUUGCUUUGUUCCUUCAUGAUUACUAAUAUAUACAUAUAUUGUACAGUCUCGAUAAAGAUAAAAUGGGUUGAGAAAAAAAAAACUUAUUUUGGCUAAUGAUUUCAAAGUCUGAGGAUUUUGAGAUGUGUUUGAAUAUAUGGUGUACAUUACUUUGUACAUGUAUGUUUCUUUUUCGGCUCAUUGUAUUAUUUUUUUUCCGUUUUGCUUUCUCUCAGAAAAGAGGCAGGGCAUGAAUGAGCUAAAGUUGCAUGGACAGAAACCGAUGAGUGUUUUCUUGCGUGCAAAUGCAUUGUAGAGUUUAGAUAUUUUUGGGGGUUUUUUCAAAAAAGGAAGUUCAGAAGCCAAACCUUAAUGCAAUAUGCACUCAUGCUGGUUACAUUUAUCAUUUUGCCAAAGAUUCUCUCACAUUGCAUCUUUUUGUGCUGCAUUUUUUUUAUACCAAAUCGCUUUUCUGUUUCCAAUUUCUUCAUUUAAAUUUGCGGACGUUUCUCAACAGAAGAGGACACACACAAGUGUUAUGGGAUGUACAGUUUACUCACUCUGCUACAAUUUUUGAUUUUUUUUUCUUUAUUUGUUUGUACUGAGGUCUCAGCGCUCCAAAAAUGUGUCUGCCUCCAUUGCCUGUUGAGGAAAAAACAAGCCUGCUGUGCAUUGGAGAAGCACAAACAAAGCACUUAUGUCCACAAUAGAGAGCAGUGACAUAAAUUUCGUAUGGGUGUCAGUGCUGGAGGUAAAUAAAGUCCGACAUGUCUCACAGCGAUGCUAAAAGCUCCACAGCUGCAGCUUUGUCCGACUGCCAAAGGUCUCUUUUGAGAGUCAGCGGAUUAUUUAUUCUUAUUUAUUCUUUUAGUUCACAUUUGUGUCACUUUCUUUUUGAAACGUUUGCGAUUUUCGGAAUGUACAAUGGCGCUUUAUUGAAAGCAAGGAGGGUACACUGGGCUUGAUUUGAGAACUAACAAGCUUCUUCCCAUCUGUAGCCAUUUGGAAAGAAAAAAAAUGCCAUAAUUAAAUGUUGCCUAAAUGAAUAUUUAUACUGAAUUGCAUUGUACCUGUUGGCUUUGAGUCAAGAGUUACCAUAUGUAAUUAAAAAAAAAAGAUUGUUUGACCUCUUGUACAGAUGGCAUUUGUCUAUUGUAUGAAUGUGUUGCCGAGGAUGUACAAAAGAGUCUCAGAUUUUGUUGCUCUUAUCAUUUACAUUAUACUGUCAUGGCUUACCUGUUCCUAAGGAGAAAAAAGACAUUAAAGCAAUACAGAUCAGUUACAUUGGA